AUGCUGGUAAUAAUAAUAAUAAUAUUACCCCUUCAUGGCGAGGGACAUCCCUUACUGAUGCUCUGCAGUAUGUAGGAUUCACAUCCUGCAGUAUGUAGGAUUCAUAUCCUGCAGUAUGUAGGAUUCAUAUCCUGCAGUAUGUAGGAUUCAUAUCCUGCAGUAGGCGCAUUAAUCCAGCUUUGAAUUACAUCCUUCAUACAUUUUAAAAGUUUUCCUGCAGGUGCAUAUGAAUUAUAAUCAUUAUAGCAUGACCGGGGUAGGUCAACCUUGGGCACUCCAAAUGUGAACUACAUCUGUCCUGAUGCUCUGCCAGCAUUAUGGGAGAUUUAGUCUACAACAACUGGACAGCCAAAGGUUGACUACCCCUGUUUUCGGGCUUCAUUUUUGAUUUGCUGUCCAUUAGCAUGCACACCUUACUAAGGACCAGUAGAACAUUGCAGAUCUGGUAAACCUUAGGCAAGUCCACAUUAUGCCCUGCCAGCUUACGUGUGUACAUGUUCCCAUUUAUGCUUUGUCAGGCUUUCCCCUUCUCCUUCCUUAGAGAUCGGAUCUUUAUACCACUACCCUACACAUCUGUAUAUUUGGUCUCUCAGGUCUGAUCUAUGGACUUUCAACCUGCAAAACCCGCUUGAUGACCUGCGAAAUGGCUAGUUUGCUCUUUCCAUUCCUCUGUCUUUCAUGCAGUUGAACCUGGGUUCAAUGUUUUAUGGUGUUUGAGUGAAAUAACACCUUUCAAUGGUCUCUGAAACAAAAGUUUUAAAGGAAGAGACAUACUUGGGGUUUAUUAUGAAAAUGUUCUGAAAAGUAGACCUUACAUUACUAAAUAACUGUUUUCUUCAUAAUUCCACCAGUUGUAAUCGAAAUUUCCGUUUCUGAAUUGCAAUAAUUAAUAUAGCGCCAACCCAUUCUGCGGAGCUGUAUAAUAGGAAACAAGGCAAACCUUUAAUUCUAGCAAAACCUAUAUGACAGUAGGUGAAGUGGGCCCUGCCCAAACAAGCUUACAGUUUAAAGGGACCGCAAGGCUGGAAGUGACCUCAGAAGAGCGCCAAGAUAACACUAGCAGAAAAGUCUCAAUUUGUUUUGAAAAAAGUAGCGGGGGAAAAAAAAAAAUAUGUAAUCUUUUGCACUGGUGGAAAAAUUGUGCAUAUUCAAAUAGAAUGGUUAGGGUGCCAAAAAAAAAUCAGAUUUAAAACAUUGUGAAAAAAAUCACUUGAAAAUUAGACAGAAGUGUUGGCUACACUUUGAUAAACCCCCUCCCACCCACCUCCCUCUUUCUUGGUGAUGCAUUUUUGCACAUUGUGGUCCAUGUUCCAUUGAAUAUUAAGCUCUGAGAUAUUUAACUUGCUUAGCUAGUAAUUAGCACAAUGCUUGAUCAGCCUUCCAGCACAGUUGAUAGAGUAGAAACAUUUACUGGCUGCAGAGUUUUUCAGGAAAGCUUGGAAUGUGAACUACUGCCUUGAUUUGCAACUGAAAACAAGAAUCACUCUUGUGCUUAUGUAGGGAAUUGGAAGAUUAAAUAUGGGAAGUUUAAGUACACCUGUUGCCUCAUAUCAAUUCAGUGUGGAUAAUUUGAGGACAUCCAUUUUAAUACUUAAACUAGUGACAAUAAAUCAAAAUUUCCUCUCUACCUUUAAUUAUAAAGUUAAAUAUAUUGGAGACUACACAGAAUUAGAUUCAACCCAUACAUUUUUUUUUUUUUAUCUCGUUAUGUUUAUCACUAACUGUAGUAUAGCAAUAAUGCAUUCGGAGGGGGGGGGUCGUGUAGGCACGUGAGCCAUUAUACUGUAAGCCCCAUAUACCUUAUCCCCAAUUAUUGCAUUUCAGUAGCAUUCACACUUAGCUGAACCUUUAGAAAAACACAAAUUUGCUUAUUCUAUAUGCCUUUAUUAACCCCUUAAGGACCAAACUUCUGGAAUAGAGGGGAAUCAUGACAUGUUAUGUGUCCUUAAGGGGUUAAACAUAAGGAAAUUACUUUUAUUUUCUUGUAUUAGAAAAUGUUCUUCCUUUCUUCGUAAUCCAUUGAGUAUAUAAGUGGUAUUGUUCUCUUUUAAAAGUUGAGAAAGAGUAUAAAGUUUAAAACAUUGGGUUUUAUUUCCCUCUUUAGUUUAAAAAAAGAAAUAAACACAUUUCACCUUCUCUGAAAUAAGUUCUCAUGAUCUGGGUACAAUUCAGCACUCAGAAAUUGCCAUACGCUGUCAUUCUCUGAGAAGCAUUAGCAACGUCCAAGGUCUAUCAUGCUGUAUUGGGUAACGCCAAAUGUGAAAACCUUUUGAAAAUAGAAGCUCUUCAAUGAGGAAGUGUCUUAUUGGAUGUAAGUGCCGCUUCAGGUGGGCGUUUGGACACAUUAAACAUUGCCGUUUCUCGAAUACUAGCCGUGUUUAUACUGUCCAAAAAAAGGGGAGGGGGGGACUGGUCUAAGUACCAAAACUACUUUAUUAAAACAAAGUGGGUUUGGAAUUUAGAGUUUUCCUUUUAUAUGUUUAUGUAGCAUAAAUCAGUGUAAAGCAAUUCAUUUUUUAAAAUACAUAAACACGGAUUCGCUUCCAUAUCUGUGGUAUUCAAAUGUAAUAUAUAGCCUCUGUAAUAUAUAAGCCUCUUUUAGGCUUGCUGUAAAAGGUCAGUUGAAAUUUUUUGCCAUUAAGACAAAAAGUUUGAAAAAGUUUUUUUUUUUUUUUAAAUAUUCAUUAACCUAUCAUUAACUCUAUGCAUUUAUUUAUUGCAGAAUCCUGUGUGUAGGUCUGCGGAGGGCCCCUGGAUAUCACAUGACAUAAUGCUGGGGCUUGGAGCUCUAGAAAGAAGCCAGCUGCUUAAUCUGGAGUCCCCUGUGCACAGAACAAUAGCAGAAAUCUAUCCCGUAUUACAUGUUCACUUAAUUAACAGUCAGGACCUGAGAACAAACCUGGGGCAGGAACCUCUGGUGUCUGAUGUGCAUGAGAGAAACAGGGCAAUUAGUAGUGACGAUAAAGACAGUGAGCAUAUUCCAGCUCCUAAGGGAAUUGGUGAGACUGGGGACCAAGGGUCGAAGGACAGGGACAUCAUUUCUGUGGAUGUAAUGUUGGGUACUGUGGAGAGAGGAGGCUCUCUGGAGAUCUCUCCAUCCACUCAGAGGUUGCUACUCCAGGAAUCGGUAAGUAGUAAAAAUACUGGUGGUGGAACUCUGUGUACAGUGUUAAUAAGUUUGUUUUCCAGAGUAGUGAUUGAGUAAUGGCAAAAAUAGUGGUUUCAUGUGGUAGUUAUAGCAUUGACUUUACAUCUGUGUAGCACAGAGACACAGACUUGCAGUUUUAGGGUUGCAAACCUUUUUACACAGCAGCAUGUGCCUGGAUGUUAAUUAUUUGCUAAACCUCUCUCCAAAGAUUUCAGCAACUUAAAGGGAUUCUAUAGUGCCAGGAAAACAAACCCGUUUUCCCGGCACUAUAGGCUCCUGCAGUGCUGAAGGGGUUAAAACCCCUUCAGUAACUUACCUGAACCCAGCGCCGAUGUUCCUCGGUGCUGGGUUAGGCUCCGCCCACGCUCAACGUCGGUGGGGCAGACCUAAUGCGAAUGCGUGGCAAUGGCUGCACUUGCAUUAGGAUUUACCCAUAGGAAAGCAUUAUUCAAUGCAGAGCGUGAGGAUGUCCAGCAUCAGAUAAUGGACCAAAGUUGUGUUUCGAUUCCGGACGUCCGUCUAGUGACUUCUGGGUAGAUGAGGAGCUAACCCUCAGAGGUAAUAAUUGCAAUGAGUUUACAUUUUUCCUGCUUUAAUUGAAACACAGAAAGUAAUGGCCGAUAAGAACCAUUUGGCCCAUCUAGUCUACCCAAUUUUCUAAUACUUUCAUUAGUCCCUGAUCUUAUCUUAUAGUUAGAAUAGCCUUAUGCUCACCCCAUGCAUGGUUAAACUACCUCACUGUGUUAAUCUCUACCACUUCAGCUGAAAUGCUAUUCCAUGCAACCACUACCCUCCAAGUAAUGUAAUACUUUCUGGUGUUAUUUUAAAAACCUGUCCUCUUGUUGUGGUAGUUUUUUCUUCUUUUAAAUGCUUUCCUCCUGUAAUCCAUGAACUAGUUUAGUAGCCCUUCUCUGAACUCUCUCCAAAGUAUCAAUAUCCUUCUGGAGAUACCAUCUCCAGCACUGCCUGAGGUCUCCAGCCCUUUCCUCUUUCUACUGCUAAUACCUCUCCCUAUACAACCAAGCAUUCUGCCAGCAUUUCGUUGCCUGCCUACCUUUGUCAUAAUUGUAGCCAAGUAUAUGCACCCUACACCAAAAACAGCUUUAUCCACACUCAGUUUUCUGUCACCAGUUAACAAGGAUCCUUGGUGAUAGGUAUGUAAUGUAUCAAUGUGUGUGCCUACAUUUUUGUGUCCCACCCUAUGGAUGAAUGAAUAAUAGUCUAGAGGUUGGGGGGGGGAAAUACAAUUAAAACAAUAUAAAUAUAUAUCUCUCAUAGGAUUUACAAUUCAAAUUGAUGCUUUUUAUUGAUGCAAAUUAAUGAAAACAAUAGUCUAUGUUUUAGUCCUACCCGGACUUAAAAAAAAAAAAAAAGGACUGAAAUGUUGACUAUUGCUGUUUUCAUGAAUUUGCAUCAAUUUGAAUUGUAAAUCCUAUGAGUGCGUUCAUCUUGGAACUUUCAUACCUGUGGCUGCAGUUUUGCACCAAGGUGCUGAGAAGAUUGGGGAGCUGGGCAUACGUAUUUGCACACACAUAUAAUAUGUUUUCAUUAAAGUGGCUCUGUCAUGCAAACUUACCUUUCUUCUAUUGUUUUCUUUUCUCUUCCUCUUUCAGAAUCUGUUCUUAAUUUCUUAUCUAGUUAUCUUUAAAAAAAUAAAACAACACAGGGGCUACUUUAUCUUGUGUAUUUCACGUAUAUUUUACAAUCUUGACAAGGGGCAGGGCAUAAGGCCUACUUUGUCUUAUGUAUUAAAGAGAAAGAGAUCAGAAAUGAAGAAAACAAGUACCGAUUCUGAACAAGGAAACAAUAGGAGAAAAGUAAGUUUGAGGUGACAGCAACCCUUUAAUCAGAUGUUUGUUUUCCCCAACAAAUUUAAUUUGAAACAAUUGGUACGCCAAAAAAACAUUUUCUUAAAAUACUUAGUAAAUAUAGUUUCUUACGCUGCACCUUUUUAUAUUAAAAAAAAAAAAAAAAAGUAUAAAGUGCAGAGCAUCCAUAAAAUCUGGGAGAUAUAAAUGCAGAAACAUUAGAGGCUAUUGGUAUUACACUCACUAUAUCAGAGUGGAUUAUAUGUCACUCUGACAUUUGACUGCCCUGGAGGGAUCAAGCUCCUUGUGAUCGGUGGAUCUUCUGGGCUAUGUACCAGAUCCAAGAUAUGGACUGUAAAUCUUUUAGCAGGUUUUAUUGUUGAAAAGGUGAAAAUUUUAAAUACCAAUCGGGUAAAAACAUAAAAAUAGAGUAAUCCAUGGUGUCUCCUCAGUGUCUUUACUUUGUAUCAGUUUCACAUCAACUGCUCGGCAUAACGUUUUGCUCCUCCCACUGGGAGCUUUUUCAAAUGAUGAUAUGUCAUCUGGAGUUUCAUUUGCUUGUGAAAUGAACACCCUCAAAACAGAGGUCAUGUUGAAAAUAUUGCUCACAACUGAGGUAACAAAUAUUUUAUAUUCAAUACUUUUUUUUUUUUUGGCUCGUUGUCGUUGGGGGGGGAGGACUAAACGAGCAAACUUGUGAUAGUUCUCCCUAUAUCUACUAGGCCACAUCUACAUUUAUUCAGAUUAUGUUGUCCUAACCUAGCUUCUUCCGCAACUACCAUAGUCUGGAUGUAACCCUUCAAGCAACAAAAACUCAGAGGUGCAGAGGGCCCCAGGAGUGGCGGGGAGUGACAGGGGGCCGGGGAUUAGAUAUGGAGCCUGUGUCAGAAAUCAUGAUUCAUUUGUCUAAGAGCAACAUCAGGAUAGGAUUUACAAGCAAACUUCCAUGCAAUAAUGGCUGAUAUCCAUCAGGACAUCCAGUCUCUGGGAGAGAAAAUGGAUCGUGUGGAAUCCAUGCUAGAUGGACUCUGCAUAGCCUAUAAUGAAGUUGUUGAAAAGCUCACUUACCUGGUAUCUGAGCACAAAUGAGAGCUGUCCAAACUGGCGAAGUCCGAUCCCAGUGUAGUAAUGUGUCAAAGGCAUCCCAGAGUCGGUCUCCUGGCCAAGUUACAGCAUUAAGUUUUCAUGGCCAUCCUUCUAGUGCUUUGACUGUGAUUGUCUAAUGGACAGAGCUCACAGAACAUCGCAGGUGAUGUUCCCAGAGACAUAUUGGUGGAUCUGCACUACCAAGUCAAAGGCAGACCACCGUCCAAAAUAGCAUUGCAACUAAGCACUAAACUAAAGGCCCUUUGGAACAAAUAUCAACUAAAUGAUGCAUGGAGAGAGCAUUUGCCUAGAGAUAGGGUCUACUUGUACUAUCCAGGAACCCAACACCGAUACUUGCGUAUUGACUUAUGCCUAGUUAACACGUAUACCUUUCAAUCCCUUACCACAGCUUCCAUUCAAAAAUAAUGGUAAUCUAGUUGGAUCAUGCACCAAUUAUUUUGUCAUUCUCGGCUGCAUUUCCAGUAACAGGUAGGAGUUCUUGGAUACUGUGUGACGCUUUACUUACAGAGUAAGCUAUAAAAGCCUGCAUUGCAGAUACCAUAUCUACAUUAUUUAGUUGUAAUUCAGCAGUCCCUAAAGAAAUCGACACAUCAUGGUUAGCCCACAAAGCCAAUACUAGGGGUCACUUAAUACAACAGGUGUCUAUUAAAAAGAGAAAAUUCUUAGCGUAGGAAGAACUGCUCUUGGCUACACUUUCAAAACUGCAAACAAGAAGCUUCUUAUAUCCCUGUUAAGGACCAGGAACCAGACAGAGACAGAACAAGAUGAAAAAAACACCUUUAUUAAUAAAUAGAAAAUAACGGAAUAACCAAAAGCAAAGUCCAGGAGGCAAGCAGGGGUCAGGCACUAAAGCAGGUAAUCAGACGAGCCAGGAUCAGGAGAACGGAGAGCAGCGAAGUCAGGAACAAGGCCAGAGUCAGGAACCAGGAACAAACAGGAAACAUAGGAACAAGGAGACUUCUGGGGAACAGGAAACCACGCAAGGGCAAGGAGGUAUUGGGAUUUGCUGCCUAAAUAGGCUGCCUGAUUAGCAGCAGGGCUGGUUACUACUGUCAGGUGAGUAACCGUGGCAACAUACUGAAGGAGCUGAUCCUUAAUCUCAGCUGAAAACGCAGACACAGAAAAAGGAAGGGUUGCUGUUUAAAACGGCAAAGAAACCCUGACAAUCCCACAAGCAAGGUUACAACUUCAAGCCUUGCAACUAAAAGUUUGUUUCAACUUGUGUCGUUUGAAGCAAACUUAUUACUCCCAAGGCAUUCUGGUGCGUAAACGUUUAGCAGCCAAACUGAAAGUUACAAAUCUUUAAAGCAAAAUCCCUUAUAUCUUAACAUCUGCUGGGGUGAAGGCAACCAACCCAACUACCAUAGUGAAUUUGCUAAUUAACUAAAAUCCGAUUUAUAACCUAGUCGAAGAUAAGGCAUUGACUAGCCCAUCCCAGUCUUAUAUUCUUGAUGUCCGUAUCCCUGCUCUCACUACAGCCCAACCCAGCAAUAACCCUUAUCACGAUAGAGGAAGUGCUGAUGGUCAUAUGACCUACUUGCUCCGCAUUUUUUCAACUCUAUUAAACAGAAUUAAAGAUUCUGGCAUUAUCUCGUCAAAUGCUAGUCGCACAUAUAGCCCAAACCCAAACAAGGGAAGUCGUCCAAUACUUGUCGGCCAAUCUCACUGCUAAACGCAGACACCAAACAGUUUGCAAAGAUAUUAAUCACUUACUUAAUCAAAUAUCCACAGAACAAUCCAGGUUCGUACCAGGCCGCCAAGUCGAUAAACUUUAGACGCACCCUUGAUCUCAUAGAACUCUCCAGAAGAAACCAGGUCUUCUCGUUGCCCUUGAUGCCGAGAAGGCAUUUGACAGGCUCAAUUAGCAAUAUCAAAAAGGUUCUCCUUAACGUCAUGUUACCUGCUUCUUUUCUACAGUUAAUGCCCUCUAUAUAAACCCCAUAGUGAAAAUAUUUAACUCUGGAUUUAUGUCCUAGCUGUUUCACAUAAUGAAUGGGACCAGACAGGGCUGCCCCCUCUCCCCAUUAAUUUUUAUUAUGGCCUUAGAACCGUUGGUGGGGGGAGUCAAAACCGAUCCAAGCAUCAGGGAAAACGACUCACGUAUUGGCAAACAGCUAAUAUCUGUUUUUGUGGACAACAUACUUCUAACACUCCCCAACCCAACAGUCCUCUCAAUUCUGAACAACUAUGGUAAGGUAUCCUACUACAAGGACAACAUAACUAAAACCUAAGUCCUCUCAUUUUAACAUCUUCCUGACUACUCUAGUCACAGUCCCUGCAUUGUAUCACUUUGACUGGCCAACAAAAUACCUAUCCUACCUUGGCUUCAAAUUAACACUACACUUGCACUCCUUUAUUCAGGAAAAUUGCAUAAGUCUGCUGGUGAAGGUUCAGGCUAUACUUAGAGUAGACUGCAUACAAAAUAUCCUGGGAUGGUCGCAUUCACUCAAUUAAGUGCUCUCCCACUGAUGUAUAUGUUUUGCACUCUUCCAGUCAAGCUUUCUAAGUUUAUUCUCCAGCAUUUCCAAUGCAUCCUGAACUCCCAUAUCUGGAAACAAAACGACCUCCACAGAUGGCAAUGAAUACUUUCUGUAACUGACUAUGCAUGGGGGCCUGGGAGUCCCAGACAUUGAGUUACUACAUGGCAUUUAUCCUAGCCCAAUGGUAGCAAUGUUAAAUACAGAUAAAAUGCUACUAUGGUGUCGUCUUGAACAGUUAACGUGGCAGCAUUUACAGACUCUCAACUACUGCUAACGCCGUCACGCCUCUAUACUAAAAAAUGCGUUCGCAAUGAUAUGUUUAGCAAUAUAAAUCUGGAGGACAUGGGCGUUCACAAUUAUCAAGCUGUGCUCCUAUUUUUAUUUUGCCCUGCUUGUCGUUUUGCAAUUUCAUACAAAUGACCUGAAUCUAAAAACGUAGUACCAUUCAUACCGAGAGAAGUUUCCUCAACAUAUCCUACCAGAAUUAAGGGCACAAUCCUCUCUCCCUUGAAAUGGAGUUUAAUUUUAGGUGUGUGCAUUUGGUGGUUGGCCAGUGGCAGGGCUGCUCAGAUAAAUUUUGGGUGACUUAAUAAAUUCUGGAACUAAAAUAUAAUUUAGAGCAAUGUGUUUUAUUAACACAUACUGAUUUCUAAACACUUGUAUUCUAGUUUAGCGGCACAUUAAUGUAUUAUUGCUGUGGAACUCCCAUAUAUACUCUUACUAACAAUAUGGAGCUACUAGAAAAGAGGGACAUUAGGAUAGAAAAGAGACAGAUGGAUUUGAGCAAAAUAGGGAUUGUCCCUCCUAAAUAGGAAUGCAUGGGAGGUAUGCAUUUUACAUUCUUUACCUUGUAAUGGAACUGAUUAAAAUAAAUUAUUUGAAAUAAUGAUUUAAAUCACAUUGAUUUUAUAUAAAGCAACAAUUAUGUUAGUGGAAUAGUAUGAGGUUGCACUAAUAUGGUAAGGGUAAGGCACUAAAAGGUUUUAUGGAAGCUUGCUGUUUAUUUGCAAUCCAUGCAUUAAUUUCCCUCGUUUUCUCACACGUCUUGCUUGCAAGGUUCUAAUUGGAACACUAACAAGGUGACACAAUUCCAUGUGCAGAGAUCCCAUUAACCAUUAUAUCUGUACAUUUUCACUAAGCAAUGGGAGUUAGUGAAUUUUCAACUUUGUUGAAUUUACAUUUAAAAUGACACUAUAGUCCACAAAACCACUUUAGCUUAAUGAAGCAUUUUGGGUGCAUAUAUCAAGGGCCUGCAAUCUCACUGCUCAAUUCUCUGCAAUUUAGUAGAUAAAUCCCUUUGCUUAUACAGCCUUAGUCACACCUCCCUGCAUGUGACUUACACAGCCUUCUAAAACACUUCCUGUAAAUAUUCCACUAAUGUUUACACUUCUAUUACAAAUUUUGUUUAAUUUAAAAUGUAGUAUCUCCUGCUCUGUUAAUAGCUUGCUAGACCCUGCAGGAGCUUUCUGUAUUUAAUUUAAAGCUAAAUUUAGAGAGGAGAUAAAAACUUUUAAAGUAAGUUACGUCUGAAAAUGAAACCAUUUGUUUUUUCAUGCAGGCUGUGUCAGUCACAGCCAAGAGAGGUGUGGCUAAAACAGAAUCAAAUGUGAUUUUACUUUAGAGGGCAUGAUCUAUACAUAAAAACUGGUUCAUUAAGCUCAAGUUGUUCUGGUGACUAUAGUGUCCCUUUAAAUGUUCAGAGGAAACGUGCGUUUGGGAAUCAUAAUGGUGCGUACUAUAGGUUUCCUCCAGUGUGUAACCAGGUCCGUUUGUUUCAGGUGGAGCCUUCUGCUCUUCAUGUUGCUACAGGUUUUCUUGACAUCUCUCUUCAUUCAGAACAUCCAAAUCUGCUGCCUAGAAAAGGUAUUUGUGAACUUUUCUAUUGUCUGUGUUCUUGUGUCUUGCAUUUUCCACAAUUGUAUUUUUUAACAAAAUCUGUGCUGCCUUUUUGCAUGUUUCCCAUUGAUCUUUUCACUGACUCUACAGAAAACAUAGUUUAGGUAUUUUUUUUUUUUUGUCAGUUAAAACUCAGGUGGGGGCAUUAAAAAUUUAUGUUUUCAUAAUAAAAAAAAAAAAAAAAGUCUUCUCAUUGGAAUUCAUACUGCCUAAAAGGUCAAAUUAUAGAAAAAUAGAUGUGAAUACUAACCUUAAAAUAGCUGGGAUUAACUCUUUGCCCACAUAGAUACAAAAUAGCACACCAGUGAUCAAGGUAGGCAUACUGAGGAACACACUGGAUUCUAGGGAUGAUAGAAGUCACAAGUGAGAAGUAAUUGAGGAGUAGUCUGAUAAAUACAAAAAGCACGCCAGUAGUGCGCUAUUGCUUAUCAAGAGGAAGCCAUAACAAGUUAAUGAACUGUCUAUAGUGUGCGUUUAAAUAGGCCUCAUGGGAUCCUCUUUGGUUGUCCUCCUAAUUGUGACACCAAAACAGUCAUGUACAUAGUUGCACAAGCGUUCAUCUGAAAAUUGACAUAAGUUCUGAAUUCCAUCAUAGGAUGCAUAUGAGCAGAGUCUUACAUCUGACAUGACAGCAGAAUGGUGCAUUGCGUCAGUGUGCAACAUAUCAACAGGAAGCAAGAUGGGUAGAAACAUGUACUGUGACAACUAUUUUUGCAAGAAACUCAAUAGAAAAACAAAAGCAAUCCGUCUGUGAAAAAGAAAAGAAAAAGCAAUCAGAAGCAAAAAUCCAAUUUCAAGAAUAACACUACGCAAACUUUUAAAUUAUAUUGUCGUAGUAUUUGGGACCGUGGCUUAAGGUUUUUCUCCCACAACAGAUCCAUAGUGUCCCCUUGUCUGACUGUGAUAGUAUUCCAUAGUAAUAGGAAGUCCCAAAAACCUUUUUAAAGAGUCCAUAUUAUUCACCCAGUGUCUUUCCCCAGUAUCACCACAAUAAUGCAUAACACUUUUCCUAUGGCAUCCAUCAAAGGCCAUUCGAAAUGUCUGCAAAUUUUUAGUUCUUCUGACAUUCUUCUUGCAUGUUAUGUGUGUCCAAAGGUAGAUUCAGACACCCCAUCAAAUCUACCUUUGGACUUACUUCAGGCGGCUAUGGUGGGGUGAGCUAAGACCACCAAGGAAAUGGAUCUUUCUGUAAUUUUCCCUUUUCUUUUGUUUAGAAAACUUUUGAAGACCUCUACCUGAUCAGAGGCUUUUUCCUAAACUGCACAUAUAAUAUGAAUGAAAUUCAAGAAAAUGUGUGUGUGAAACCACCUUCUCUGUGUCAGAGCCUGGGGACUGACUUACAGCUGCAGUGGUUUUUAUAAGUCGCCGCAGUUACAAGCCUUACGGCAGGGAGCGUGGGUGCAAAGUACUCUCUGUCCCUCUAACGAUUUCCUUAAAGAAUUCAUAUAGGAAAUGCCACUAGUUUUGCUUUGCCUAUGACUCUUUAACCUCACUUACAUGGCUGCAUAUAUGAAAUGGCAGAAUAGGAAUUAGAAACUGUUACUUUUGGGAAAAAUAAUAAAGCAGUCAUAAUCACAAACUUGUUUUGUUUUGUCUCCAGAUGAGGAAAUAUUGGAUGAUUCUGUGCUCCAGAUGAGUGCUAAAGCUGCAGGUAUGGUAGCCAUGGGAGCUGGGGCAGUUGUACAUUCAGAGCAGAGUGAGAGAGUCUGUAUUCAUCAAGCUGAUACUCACAGCAAUGAAUGCCCAGAAUCUGAUUCCACAGACAUUUUGUCACAAAUGUCCAACUUAAUCACCACACAGCCCCAGACUUUGUCAGGCAAUUCCUCUGAGGAACAUGUUAACCAGGAAUGCUCUGUAUCAACAUCGUACAGUGACAAAUUCUUCCCAUUAGACAGCAAAAUUGACAUAGACGCAGCAAGCAGUGCUUUGUGCCUUGAAGAUCCACAUUUGCCACUUCACUGUAGUGCACUUAACACAUUAAAUAAUGUUCGCUCUAAAACUACUGAUCCUUCCUGCAAGCCUGUAGAGUCUGAAAUAAUGUGUAUUACAGAGGAAGCUAAAACUUCUUCCUUUUUAUCAGAGAGUUUGAGAGCAUGUGUGCCUGUCAAUGAAGUAGAAAUUAAUUCUGGAAAUGUUUUGAAACAUGCUGUGCUUCUAGACAGCAGCUGGAGCUCAGGGAUGUCUGACCAUCAGAUGACUGAGAAUGUAUCUUCUACAAACAGCCAAAAUCACCAAUGCAGUGAAGCAUGUCAUUUUUCACCAAUACACACCAAGACUACUGAUGCAUGCACAGAACAUGUUCUUCCACAGGACUCCUCAAAGUCUUCUGAUAUUGUAACAAGCCAUCAAUUACUUGUAGAAGAGAUUAGUGAAGCAGGUGAUGCCUUAGAGGCUUCAUCCAACAACCCAAGCCAGGCAUUGACUUUUGAACAUGUGUUAAGUGCCAAAGCAGACAGAGAAGAAUGCUCUUGUUCACCGUCCACUGUUGAGUGCCGUAUUAACAACUUGGAAGGCUCCACUGAUUGUAAGAAGCAGUCUAGCUUAGUCAGAGACGCCGAAUGUUUAGCAUCAUUUGAGGAUAUAAAAGACUGUUCUACGGAUAUGGACCACAGUCCUUCAUUACCAUCAACAAAACAUUGUGAAGAUAAUCGAAGUGGUUGUUACCAAACGAUUUGCAAGACACUAGCAACUGCAGCUCAAGGUGUUUGUGAAAGUUUGCAUGGGAAUCCUAAUCACUUGAAAAUGACAGAAGAACUGUGCCAAGUACAAGACACCCAUCUACAUGAACACAAGACUAGCAAUGAAGCGUCUCCAGUUACUUUUGUAGUCCACACCGUGCAAGAAAAUGAGGAAACGUCAUUCAAUAGUAAGGGAAUCGAGGGACUAGUUACUUGUUCCCAAGCACAGCUACAGAGCUCUUCUAUAUUUGAACUCCGUAACCCAAUCAAUCCAGGUCUACUUACAGUGGAUGCCCAUUCUCUGAAAUGCGAAGACAUAGCCUCAAGUGAGAGUUUAGCUUCAACAGGAAUUAACACAGAAUCUGGCAAAGUUGAUGAGCUGCUCCAACAAAUUGGACCUCCUGAAAUAAAUAUUCAUGAACUUUCUAGGGAUAGCUGCUGCAUGCUGUCUAGUCAAAGGCAGGACACACUUACAGAAGCACACUUGAAAUCAAAUUCCAUGAAGGAAGUGCCUUAUCAGAGCACAGGCAGCAAAAAGUUUGCUCUGACCAGUUGUGUUGAAGCUACUCCACUGAAUGCACUUGUACCUUACGUAGAUAUUUUGGGAUCAUUAGUUGUGCCGAAAGUAGCAACUGUACAGUCAAUGGAGACUUCUGAACCUCUUCUUUCUUUCACAUCAAACAUUCUAAGUUUGGAACGGGAGAUAUUGGAUGACAUAGUACUCAGAACUGACAAAGAGCAAUCUUCAUUGGCUUUAACUAGAAAAACGAGUGAUCAGAGUAUGGAAGUAGAGUGUAUUGAAGAACUGGAACAAAACGAACCUUGUCUCCCUGAAUACCCGAUGGCUGACUAUCCCAAUUUGCCUGUUGGAAAUGCUACCAGUUUAACUCAUUCAUUGAAUGAGAAGUCUAAUUGUCCACAUGUCCAAUCUAAUGUGAAGACAGAAAAACAAGAAAAUUCCCAACUGGAAGUUCCUGCACCUGCAGGGGUGAUUUAUCAGCCCGCGUUAUCACCAACAUGUCUUUUAGAUGAGAGAGACACUGAUGCAUUAUCUGUUGAACAGAAUAAGAAAUUCUGUGUUCAAACGGAGAAAGAUUUGCUUUUAUUUCAGAGCUAUAAGGAUGUUGACCACUGUGCAGAUGUUUUACCAGCUGGCACAUUUUCCAAUUUAAAGCCAUUCUGCUCUGUGAAACAAAACAAAAACUUUAAUAAGAAGCAACAUUAUGAUAGUACGGUUGUCAACUUACUUACCCCUAUUUCUAAUGUAGUUGAACUUUCUUUAGAUAAACAACUGAAUCCAAUAGGUACACAGUCUAUUGAUUUAAAACCGUACACUGAAUCUAGCAGUAUCAACGAAUUGGUGUCUGAAUACAAGAAAUCUUUCAAAGACUUUUCUUAUGAAAGAGAUCAAGUUUCAAUGAGCAGUAUCCUAUCAAUCACCAGUGAUAAUUUUCCUCUAGUCUCUAGUGUAGAUAAACAGACAUUUGGAAGAACUAAUCAAGUAGUACCUGCUGAAACUGUACAGAAGCAAAUUAAGCAGAAAUGGAUAUGUGCUAAGACACGGGAAAGGGUUUCUGUCCAUAAGGUUCCGGAGCACUUGGAAAAGACUCUUCUGCAAGAAAAUAUAUCACAAGCGAAACUGUCAAAGCCAAGCAUUAGCCAGUCUACAUCAUGUGAUGUGAAGAACAUUUCAUUUACAAGUAGGCAAAUGAAAAAUAAAUGUAAACGCUCAUUUGAGCACAGGACUGUAAUCCAAUGCCUUGGUAACAAUGCACCACAGGAAGUUAGAAUGCAGCAUAUUUGCAGUAGUCAAGAUGCAUCGUUUGUUAAACACAAAGGGAUCCUGCAAGCAAAUGAUGACCUGUUAAAAGACACUCCAUGCUCAGCCCAAGAUACUGCGAGCCUCUACCCUCACCCACUAAGGGAGUGCAGUGACAAAGGAUUAAGUGCCUUCAAUAGCAGCUGUCAUUUAAGCAAGAUCCUUCCCAUGAAAAGACAGCCAAGCAGGAAGUGCAAGAGUGCUCCUGUGCUAGAAUAUGUAAGAGUGCCACGUCCAUCAAAGAUCUGUAAGAGUGCUGCAGUUAUGAAGGCCCCAGCGUUAACUGUCCGUAAAGAUGAUUGUAGAAUCCAACUUGAUAUGGACACUACAUCAAAACUGUUAGGUUCACAAUGUACCACACAGCCAUCUAGUCUUCAAAGGGUACAGAGAGGGGUUGUCAGUGCCUAUAUGAGAAACACAUUCUUUCAAAAAUGCACCAAAGAUCAAACCUUACUGCACCAGUUGUCUUCAAUUGCCUCUAAAUUAAUGACCCCAUUUAAGAGUUCCCGCCAGCAGAAAUAUCCUUGUUUAAGUGGAGCUCCAUUUGGUGGUGUGCAAUUUCAAGCUAGGAAAUUGCUAGAGGUGUUUUCAUGUGUUAAUAUGAAGCUGAGCUCCCCUGCUGGAGAAGUGUGGUCAGAGACUCUAUCCCAUACAGGAGGCAGAGGCCAACUUCUCUCUCAGCCACCGGAUCUCUUUGCCGCAUGUCCUCCUCACCCAACCAUUAAUAGUAUAAGUAACAGUUUUGCCCUGAAACCCAUUGACCAUACAAGCUUUCCAAUUUCCUUUCAUAUUAAGUUGAAUUCGAAUGAUUUACCAGACUUUGUUAGGUUUAGUCCUCCAUUUUGUACAUCUAAACGUCCAACAAGCACCACUUUGUCACCCCCAUUAACUGAAUGGACAUUUUCUCUCUCUCUUUCACCGCAUUUUCCUGUUACUUCUGAGAAUAUGCAUAUGUUUACUCAGUGUAACCCACACUUUAGACCAUUAGAAGCCCAUGACUCAGGUUCUUGCCACAGAAAAUCUUCCGUAAAAAGAGGCUCUGGCUGCUCAAUUCGUGGCCUUCACACUAUUCUAGCACUUUCAUCUCCCGGGUGUUAUAGGUUAUGGACCAGAAGACGGAAUCUGGGAAGCAGAAUCCCCACCAUCCAGCGACUUUCCAUGUCACAGUUUGCCCUGGGUAUACAGGAUUUAAAAUCACAAGUUUUACCAACAAGGAAACAUUUAUCUUUGCCCUAUUCUCUUGGCCGUGUCUUAUCUACAUGGAGUCAACAUGGCCCAUCAUCUUCUUCAUCUCCCACUGAUUUCACCACCCCUCAUCUCAACUGCAGUGUAUGGCAUCCAGGUCUCCUCUCCAACAUCAGGUAACCACAACUGAAUUACAAAUAUUCCUUAAUGCAAUGUCUCGUCUGUUGCAAGGUUGGGAAAAAAACAAAUCUGUAUUUCUUUUUAAUAUCAAGAUGUGUGAAUCCUCUUCUAAGAUUGCAUCAUGAACAAUUUAGACCUCUUUCUGUUUUAGGUAUAGAUCUAAUACUAAGUUAAGACGACGUAUCCCUCAAAUAAUACUGUAGGUUAGAAUCUGUCCUUUGCAAACUUGAUAACGUUAAUUUUUUCAGGUGCUGUGCUCUAGGUGUAUGUAAUGUUGCAUUUUUUUUAAAAUUUGCGGCAUAAAAAGCAUUAUGCUUCACCUUUAAUUUAAAAUAGAUCUAUAAAUAACACCAUAAAUACUCAGCAUGUGUCACCUUUUUUGCCUGAUUAGUCAGUAAUAUAAUUGAGUUCUCAUAAAUUCCUGUAAAUCCAUCCAUAGAGACAGACCAGAGUCUAAGAUAAUAUUCUGGAAUAUAUACAGUAAUAAUAUUCCAUGGAUAUAAAUAUUUUGAAGUAAAUCCUUUGUUUCAGUCUCCAGACCUACUUAUCUUUUGUGUUGGUUAUUGCUGGUGUGAAGACAAACCGAGAAUAGGUGCUAAUUUGCCCAGUGACUAGUAGUACCCUUUGUAUAUGAUCACACCCACAUGGGCACUGCAGAACCAAAAUUCAAGGCAGGUCCCCUCUACGCUAAUGUAGAAUCCCAGUCCUCAUCUCUGAGGUAAAGUUGAUAGUCCUUCAGGCAGUGGAAAAAAUAGGUCCACACCUGUAUUACAUUUUUAGACUUUAUUUUUAAAUUAUAAAUAAUUAUGUUAAGAUACAAUUAUAUAUAGCAUUGACUAUAGAACAUCUCCCAUCUUGCUUAUGAAAUUGGCACUACACUGGGCCUGUAAUAGGUCUAUAUAACAAGAUGAUGAAUUGCUUGAUUUGUCUCUUAAUCUUCUUUAAUAAAACUAUAUAUGGAGACAGGUGGUGGUAUUUAAUUCUGCUACGUAAACCUCUUUAUUCCAAGUACACUGCAUACUUAAAUGUUACAUUUUAUGCAGAGAAGACCUUGCCUAACUUACACAUGGUUCUGCUUAAAUCAAAAUAUAAUGUUGCUCCGAUUUCAAGUGUAGUCUUCCCAUCACUAUAGUCUAUUCCUUUUUAUAUUUAGAAACUAUUCAUGUCAAGAAAGAGAACUUUCGGCUUCUUCAUUUUGU